GCGUGGUCGGAAGCUUCCGGGAAAUUAAGCCAGAGAGCCACAUGAUCGCGCGGUUAACUCCAGAAGUCAAUGAAGUAGUUACUCUGACUUCCACUCUGACUCCGACACUGAGCGACACGGAUGAACAUCCCUGCUCCUGGAAAGCUCAAUCAGUAACAAUCACGUACGGUAAUGUAUCGCCCGGAGUCUUUGCCUGGUGCGACGGUAAUGUUGUGCAUUUCAACCAUUCCCCGGGGAGGCGCUUUAUUUUCCCCCCCUUCUCUUGCCCAACCGGGAAUAUCCCUCCAUCGAUCUAUCAAUUUUAUUCAUUCAGCGCGCCCGGGCGAACAUCCUUCCCAUCAUUUGUUUUGUUUUGAUUUGGUCUGGCCUGGUCUCGGUCUGGAUCUCACUCAACGCCCACAACCCGCCCGGGCUGCGCUCUGCGCUGCAGGCGCGGGCUCUCGGCUCGCCGCAUGCGUGUGCACCACAGCCCCAGUGACGCCCUGGUGCCCUCACAUGUAUCAUGCGGGAAUAUCUAUGUCUAGUUUUGACUACAUCAUUGUAUGUGCUCUGCUCUGUACGAUUGAAUGACAUCAUGGGCAUAGCAAAGCCACAUUGUAGAGUUUUGUGCGAUGGUGCACAAUGUGCCUUGUUGGGGUAUUGUUGUAUUGUUGGUUGCGUCUAGACUCUGGUGGAUGUUACCUUGGGUUAUCUGCAUGGGGAGGAAUGGAA